AUGCUGCGCGAAAACUUGAGCUGGCAGAUGGCAAAACAGCAGUCAGCGACCUGUGGCACACUCCUUUGGUUUGCUCGCAGGAAAGACGGCUAUCAGUGGAAAGCCUGCCAAGAGCUGGCUGGCAGCAAGCAAUUUAGCAAGAGUGCCGCUGCGUUGCCACUGUCAAAGUGGCUGGCGGUCUCCCAGGGACGGUCUCCGAUGGUUCCCUUCUUUGCUUACCUUCGCAGGGAUGUCGAGACGCACAGAACUCCUUGGAUGCCCAGCCUCAACAAAGUUGAAGCCGCCUUUUCCAUAUUAGAUAGAGGCCGUGCGUCUUGA